UAAAUGAUGACGCUUAAAAAAUGCCAAAGAAGAUGUUAUGCUGACACUCUCUCGACAUGAGAAAAUUCAACGUUGUUUUGAUUUUGGUUUUCGCAUAUAUUCAGCUGGCUGAAUGUACUUGGAAAAUUCAAAGAAAAGCCUCAGCCCUUGGCGAUACGUUGCAUGGCCACAAUUUGAAUUGCACGAAAUAUGGUGCUUCUUAUUUUCCUAAAACACGUCAAUCUUGUUACUGUGGAAUGAAAACCUUUUAUACAGAUAGGAAUAAUGUAUCAAAAUGCUUUACUGGUAUUGGACAGAGAGAAUUAGGUUGUUACCUGUACGUCGAUCAACCAAAGAAGGUGUACACAAUCCACCGUAGCUCUGUUAUUGUUGCCAUUUUGUCAACUAAAGGGACAUGCUACAGCGGUUUUAACAAACAUUCCAUUCAAAUGUGGGAAAAUGACCAGUGGAUUAAAUUUGACUUCCAUAACGACAUAUUCUUACCAAGGAAGCGACAUAUACCUCAAUCAAAUGGAAUUACCACAACUGAAACCGAUUUAUUGAUUACCACACUCAAUGCUACUGAAACAAAAGCUAUGGAAGGCACCCUAGUUAAAAUCAAUUACAACGAUUGUGGUAGAUCCACUUGCCUUCUGUUAAAAUUUGCUGGAACAAGACCUUGGAAUCCGUUAGAAGCACAGACAACUAAGCCGCAAACAACAACAACGACAACAACCACAAGGCCUACGACAACAACAUCAACAACGACGGCAAUACCCACGACAACUACAACAAUAACGACAAUGCCUACGACAACUAUGACAACAACAACGACAAUGCCUACAACAACUACAACAACAACGACAACAAUACCUACGACAACUAUAACAACAACGACGACAAUACCUACGACAACGAAAACGACAACGACAACGUCCGCACCGAAAACAGCACAGACAAAAACAACGGUAGCGGACGUACCCUUGGAUCCUCCGAAUGACAAAUCAACGUUAAAAAUUGAAGAUGAGCAUGGUGAUGAUAACAGUAGUUUGUUGUUAGUGGUGGUCAUUGCAUUCAGUUGCAUAAUUUUGAUUCUGAUAGUGGUUGUAGUCAUAUGUUGCCGACGAAGAAGAUUCAGCGAUAAAAAAGAAGAAGAAAAAGAAAAAUCAGGAGUAAAGGUAAAUCCACACGCAUCCGCAGAGACACAGCGCUACCCUGAAAGUCUACCUCCAUCAUACCGAAGUAAAGCAAGCGUGUAUGGCUUGAGACCAGCAUUAAAUCGCACAUACUUGUUCCAUGACGAAUACUUUGGUGAAGAAAUGACCAAAAAGCCUCGCCCACCUUCAUACGAUCAUUUGUCGCGCAUGUCUCUGGGUAAACCUUCAACACCGAUCUGAGGCAACCCCACCGAGAAAUCGAAUAUGGAUUUGAUCAGUACUUUUUUGAGUAUUUUAAGCACGUAAUUAGGGUAAAUUUUUAAUAACGAGUGAUUUCAUGUACACAUCGCACGUAACAGUGAUUUCAUGUAAAUAACCACCGAAAGUGUCGGAAUGACUUUUCAGAUUGACGCUUAUGUAUUCUUUUGAAAAAAAAAUUAAUAUCUUCUCCAUCAUGUUCUCUUUAAUGAAUUAUGGCUUUUAGAGAAUUACUCUUUAAUUUUUUUCCACAAAGGCGAAUAAAACAUCCAAUGUCUUAACUGUAUUGGCUAUAACUAAUCAUUUUUAAUAAGGAUUGUAUAAAGAAGCACCAUUAAAUUCGUAGUGUAAAAUUAUGUCAUUUAUGCGCUAGUAUGUAUUAUAAAGAACACUAAAAUCUGCUUUGCAUAAAAUUGUCCACAGCCACAUCUCUAUAUAUAAAGGGCGAGAGUUUAUGCCUUUCCGUAUUCUUAUUGGCUGGUGAAAAAGAUGACCGUCUACAAAGGUCUGAAAACUGGCUUGCGUUAAUUUCUAAAGCUGUUAAAAUACAGGCAGAAAGAUAAUGCUAAUAGCCAACAUGGUACAAAGCGCUAAAAGCUGCAGUCAAAAACACCUGGCUAUUACUCAUUUUUUUUUCGUAACGGAUUUGAAAUAAGCAUUUUAAAUGUUUUGAGAAGUUACGUACACAUUUUCGAAUGCUUCGAUGACGUAAAGUUUUCAGUAUUCUCUUAGAAAGUUAGGGCCAGGAUAUGUUUUUCUAAGCACGUUUUUUUCCGUGUCUGUAACAGUGAGAUGUGUCUGUGUUUAUUUAAUGCAACAUUGUAAGAUUUUUUAAAAAAUAAAAAAAUUUCUGCUCUGA